AUGGCAGAAGAAGGAAAAGUGACCUUUCCCAUGGCUCGCGGAGCAGACGAAAAGCCUACACAUGAAGAACUUGAAGAUGGCUCCCGUCUAAUGCUAGACUUUACCAAACUUCAAAAGGUGGCCGCCACAGAAUCCCAAGUGGUCCCAGUGGUAGCCCAAGAUGUUGACACUGGUGAAGUUUACGUGAUUGCCUAUGCCAACGAACUUGCUGUACGAACGACCUUGGAAACAAAGAAAGCAUCCUUUUGGAGUACUAGUCGGAAUGAACUUUGGAUCAAGGGAAAGACUUCCGGAAACUACAUGGACUUGGUGGAAAUACGGAUCAAUUGCGAACAAAACUCGUUGUUGUAUCUAGUAAAAGGACCCAAAGACAAUGGAACCUGUCACACAACCCAUGACAGUAGCAAGAAGAAUCGUUCUGGUUGUUACUACCGUAAAAUCACUGAUGCUGGAGCACUGGAAUUCCUGCCCGAAAAAAAGUAG